AUGGAGGGCAGGUGGAGAGGAGUCCUGGCCGUGCUGGUCAUCCUGGCUGGGCUGACAGCUUCUGGAUCCAGUUAUCAGAUCAUAGAAGGUCCUCAGAAUGUAACAGCUCUAAAGGGCUCAGAGGUGCGCUUCAACUGCACCGUGACCCACGGCUGGAAGCUCAUCAUGUGGACUCUCAAAAACGUUGUGAUGCUGAGUAUCACUUCCCAGGAAACCAUCAUCACCAACGACCGCUUCACCUCCGCCAGUUACAACGGGAGCGACAGCUUCAUUUCCGAGAUGAUCAUCCAUGAUGUGCAGCCCAGCGACUCGGGGCUUGUGCAGUGCAGCCUGCAGAACAGUGACGUGGUUGGAACGGCCUUCCUCUCCGUGGAAGUUAUGGGGACCCUGAACAUUCCCAACAGCAGCCUUGUAGUCACGGAGGGUGAACCCUGUAACGUGACUUGCUCUGCCCUGGGCUGGACCCCACUCCCAGAUAUUUCCUGGGAGCUUGAAGUCCCAGUAAGCCAGUCCAGCUACUAUUCUGUUCUGGAACCGGGUGACUUUACAAGGACCCUGAGUGUCCUGGCUCUCAUACCCCUGGGCAAUGGGACCUUGACCUGUGUGGCAGAGCUGAAGAACCUGCAGGCCAGCAAAUCCUUAACUGUCAACCUAACUGUGGUUCAGCCCCUGCCUGAUAGUAUUGGUGAGGAAGGCUCAUCGCUGCCGACCUGGGCCAUUGUACUGCUGGCAGUGGGCUUUUCCUUGCUCCUGAUCCUGAUCAUCGUUCUGAUUGUAGUUUUCUGCUGCUGUGGUAUCUCCAGGAGAGAAAAAGAAGAAUCUAGCUAUCAAAAUGAAAUAAGGAAAACGGCAAGCAUGAAGACAAUCAAAGCAGAGCCUGAGACAAGAUUAAAAAGUGGAAAGGAGAAUUAUGGGUACAGUUCGGAAGAAGCAAGGAGGGCACAGAUUGCUUCUCUUCCUCCUAAAUCUGGUGAAGUCAGCCUUCCAAAACAACACAACUACAGCUCUCCUUAUCAGGAACCCAAAACACGCCAGCCCAGCCCAGCGAGUCAUCCACGGGUUUCCUUUGACGUCGCCAGUCCUCGGAAAGUCAGAAAUGCAACGCUGGUGUAGUAAAGACUUCUCAUGGCUGUACUUUGUGUACACCCACCAAGUGGAUACCGUCUUCCUCUCCAUCCUGAGACUGGGCCUCAACUUUGCCAAAGAGGCCACCUUGGAGUCACCGAAGCUGAUGCUUUAUCGUGACAGGAGGAGUCCGUUUUCCUCAUACCAAGAAGAAUUUGGUUUUGAAAUGUCUCAUGGUUUUGGUGAAUUCCUUAACGUGACUGAGCGAAACCUGAGGGUCUGUCAUGGAGAUAUUCCUCAUGGAUUGACACUUCUGCUUGGUAACCCAACAAAAGGCAGACAGGACUGGAUUCUGCCAUGGCUUUCAAAAUGUUUUUGUUGUCCUAUAUCAUGGUAAUAUGCUAUUUAUGUGUGUUUUAUAGCUAGGGGCAUGGCUGUAUAUUGUCACUGAACUGAAAGCACAACAAUGAGAUUCAACUGGAUCUUUCUAGGUGGACUGGCACUUCAGAGCUCAGCGGGUUAAGUAAAAGGAGAAGCAAUGCCAGGCGCAUGUGCAGACGACAGUCAAUCCUGGAUGCCCUCUUAUCCUUGUGCCCAUGUCUGUGGGUGAGUUAGGGGUGGACUCUGCCUGACAGGGCACAACGCUUGCAUGAUCCAAGCAUCAUGGGAGAACUGGAAAGAGAUAU